CUGAUCAGCAGCAUUCAGCUCAGCCGUGGUUUUUCCCACUAUAAAACCCCGGGUUGACUCUCUGGUCAUUAUUUUGGCCGACCUUCUCUCUGUCCUGCUCGCUUCGUGCAGCAUCCACUGGGACCCGUUCUGGACCAACUGGACUGACCCUGUAGUGUCAGGACUGGAAAAAUCACACGUAAGGAACUACAUCAGUGAAAAUGUACAAGCUGUUACCAGAGCUGGUGGUCCUGCUGGGAGUCGUUGGGUUUAGUUUUGCUGCAAUUCAGAGACCUGAUUAUGAUGACACUCCAAACCCGAAGUUCUUGAACCCGUUCUGGAUGGCCAGCAUCCCCGAUGAUCAGCCAUUGUCUGCGAUCACUAUGCCAGGAACACACAACACCAUGUCCCUGUACGGCGGCGUAUACGCAGAGUGUCAGACCUGGAGCCUGGCCUCCCAGCUCCGUGCCGGCGUUCGUUUUCUAGAUGUCCGUGUGCGUCACGUCAAUGGGAAUCUCACCAUCCACCACGGGGUGUCUUAUCAGUGGGCUCACUUUGGACAUGUACUAGAGGGCGUGGUUGAUUUCCUGCACGAAUACCCAAGUGAGACAGUGUUGAUGCGUCUAAAAGAGGAGUUCAGUGAGACAAAUAACAUAUACGGUGCUGUGGUAGACUGCAUCCAUCACUACGCUUACUGGGACCUGCUGUGGCACAGCCGACUGGUGCCGACCAUGGGUGAGGCCCGAGGGAAGCUCAUCAUCCUGCAGGAUUUCACUGGGCCAGAUUUGGGAAUACGCUAUGGUUCCCUGGAUAUAGCUGAUGACUGGAAGGUACCCACACUGUUGAAUUUGGAGGAGAAAUGGCAAAGUGUCUACAAACACCUGGACGCUGCACCAUCAGGAAAUAUGGGUCAGAUUUUUCUUACCUAUGCCAGUGGAGCUGGUGUGUUCGCCCACCCCAGAGCUGUUGCAAAGGGCAUCAACCCACAGCUGUACGAAUACCUGCAGGCCAAGGCCAACCAGAACCAGCGCUUUGGAAUCAUAUGCAUGGACUUUCCAGCUGCUCCCAUGAUCCAAAUGAUCAUUGAUUUCCAACUAAAAGAGGUUGUAAAAACCAACAAACCAGAUUUGGAGCAUGCAACUUUUUUACUCAGGCAGAUGAUCAAACAUUUUGCUGCUACGAAAUGAUUCAUAUUGUCAUUGUAACUCAGAAAUUUGAAAACAAUUAGACUUUUCAGCAAAAAAUUCAAGGCUUAACGUGUUUUCUACUCACUAAUCAUUACUUGCCUAAGUUAAGAACAUGAAACUUGCAAAACUGAAAUAUUUUACUUCAUAAUAAGGAAAUAUUGUGAUAAAAAUGCCUCUUUUUUCUAGCCUUUAAAAAGACUGAAAUUGUUAUUUAAAAAAAUGUUUAAAAACACAAGACUUCUCACAAAUAAAUGAAAUUGCUUAAGCAA